AUGGAUAGAGAAGAAAAAGAAAUACCGGCGACUGCGAGUCAGACUCCUGGCAAAAGGUCACAAACAAGUAGAGCUGUGCACAAGUUAUCAGUUUCUAGGGUAAGUAAGCCAAAGUAAUAUAUUAAGACGGAUUUUUUUCAUUAGGUCAGUAUUAACCGUUCCCCCUUCCUCAAGUAUAUUUUACUUUUUUUCACAGUUAUUGGCCGAUAAUAAACGUGCCUUCGUUGCUGCGAACACCGUCACGUCAGCUUCUGAGUCUCUGCCCAUUGACACUGAAAAAAGUGCUUGCUCUGAAGAUGUGACAUCUCCCAGAUUUAAAGAGGUAGCAGUUCAAUGUGAUAUUCUGCACGAAACGUCUAUAGGUAAAGGUAGAUUACGCUUAGACAUGAUCUUACAUCGCUUUUUUAUUGCCCCCUAACCGAUUAUCUAAUGUAGAAUCACUAUCCAGCAGGCACACAAGUAGAACCCUUAAGAGCAGAUUUUCAAGUGCAGUGUGACCUUAUUACAGCUCCUUUCAGCACUAGUACAGCAGAAUGCAGCCCUGUUAAAAGUCUAGGAGGAUGCAGUGUGGACAAUGACAAAGAUUUCGAUUAUGUUCCACCGACUGAUUUGUCUCUUGUAUUGAGGUGUCUCUUGAGGAAGCCAAGGACGACAUUGAAGAAUAUGAGGGGAGUCAGUUUUAAAGUAACGUACCGCCGUACACUGGUUAUAUUUUUGAAGAGAUAUCGCGGUUUGUUUGUUUUCUUUUUUUCCUUAUUUUUCGCUGAUGGUUUUCACUUCUUAUUUGUAACAUAUAGGUUAAUUGACAAAAAGGAUCCUGUGGCUCCCCAGGAUGAGAAAAAGUACAUUGUCUUCUUCUCCUGUCUGAUGGAACUGUUCGCGGUAUGCCCUAAUUGUACUGAACCUGCCACAGCUGAAGUAACUAAAGUAAUAGGCACUCAGAUCUAUGUGACUCAGAAGUGUCCCGCCUGCAAAUUUGUUCGUCAGUGGAAAAGUCAACCCAAUAUUCGAAGAAUUCCUGCAGGAAAUCUUUUACUUUCAGCUGCCAUUCUUUAUUCGGGCAGUAUGAUAUCACAGACCCUGCGAAUAUUCAAGAUCCUUAAGGUGGAGUGCUUUAGUCGGCAGACGUUUCACAAACACCAGAAGAAUUAUCUCAUCCCCGUUGUUAUAAAAUUGUGGAAGGAGGAACAAGACAGAGUUAUACAGAAUAUGUCGGCUUUACCAGGGGGAGUUGUUCUUUCGGGGGACGGGAGGUCUGACAGUCCAGGUCACUGCGCCAAAAAUGGAGCCUUUACAGUUAUUGAGCAAAGAGUAAACAAAGUCUUAGAUGUGCAACUUGUUCAAGUAAGUGCAUGGCAUUUUAAUAAUUUAUCUUUAUUGCCUUUUUUGUUCAGUCAUGUGAAAAGUGCUUUUGUCUGUGCCUACUAGUCUAAUGAGGUGCGGAACAGUUCUUGGUGUGAACACGAGGGUCUUCUUCGUAUGGAACGAUUUCUGGCUACCAAAGGGCUUCUACUCGAUGUCAUCAUUACUGACAGAAAUCGUCAAAAUGCCGCUUACAUUCGCAACAACGUGAAGCCAAAAGGAACUACGCAUUACUACGACAUCUGACAUAUAGCUAAAGGCAAGUGAAGCGUUUAUACAACUAAGCACUCGACCUGCCCAACUAAAUAUCGAAUUAUAAUAUCUUUUUUGUGUUGACGGGUGUAAAAGUAUUUCUUAUUUGUAGGUAUUGGCAAGAAAAUUGACGCUUUGGCAAAACAGAAAGAUUGCGAAGAUGCAGGCUUGUGGAGGAAGUCGAUCGUCAACCACCUAUACUGGGUAGCUGCCACUGCACCCGAGGGAAAUGAGGACAUGAUAGAGGCUAUGUGGAAGUCAGUUUGCAACCACAUACAAGACAUCCACGAGGAGCACAGUGAUCUCUACCCGGCGUGUGCCCAUGGCCCUUUGGACGAAGAAGAGAGGGACAAAGAGUGGCUACAACCUUGUAGGAAAUUUUGGAUGUUUUGUUCUACAAAUAAAUCCUUGCUAUUAGUAUCUUAUUUCUUUAUUUCCAUUUUAAUUUGCAGCAUCAAAGGUUUGUGAAAAGCUGACCGACAUCCUUACAAGCAAGUCUCUACUGAAAGACAUCAGGAUGCUGUCGCCUCGGUAUCAAACCUCCUCUCUAGAAGCCCUGCACAGUUUGGAUAUCAUAUUUGCUCCCAAGCACACGGCAUUCGCGUUCUUGGCUAUGCUUGCCAGGUAACGUGACCUUUGUUUUUAUGCUCCUAACUCUUCUUGACUCCUAUAGACAUUUCUGUUCGCGAGUAUAGAGUUUUUAUUCAGUAUAUGGUUUUCUUUUAUUUAGACUACUUUUGGCUGCGCUUCAUUAUAAUGAAAACAGUGACAGACUGCAAGCUGUAACUAAGGAAGGCAAGCCCUGUUACUCCAUCCGCUUUCCCAAGCAUAAAAAAGGGGAAUACUCGGUUCGCAAGGAGAAGACUGCUGCCACCUAUGGUAACUAUUGCGAUGUGAAGUGCAUGCAGUCCGAAAAAACACCCUCCUUUUUUUUCGCAGGUUACACCGAGACUCUACUUAAUGUUCUAGUGCGAGAGUAUGAAGAGGACCAAACAUCUUUAAAAAAUUCUAUCCAGGAUCUCAGGGAAAACAUGCCUCCACCACUCACAGCUUCCUUUGAGAAACCCUGCAAAGAAACAGCAGUUGAACAGUUGGUCACGCGAUUUGCACAGUAA